UGCCAUCGAAAAAAACAACAACACAAGUAACAACAACGAGCGUGGGCAGCCGAAAAUUGAAAUGUGCGCGAGCGAGAGAGAUGGAUGAUUUUAUGAAUGAAAUUAAAAACGAAGAUCGCUAAUGCAACGGUAAAUGGUAAACUCCCCGAGCCGAAGUUGUCACGAAGGUGGGACGGUGGACGAAAGGGACGAGAGGAGAGUCGCUCUCGCACGAAGGAGAAAUUCAAAAGCACGAUGGCGAAAAACGGUACCGUAGAAAACUCCUGCCGAAAUCUCUCUCUGUGCUCUCAUUUCGCUUGCACACGUUCGACGCGUCGGUUGGCAGUCAAGUUUUGCGCGCUCUUUUUUUUGUACUUUUAAGCUCGCCACGCAUAAACAAUAAUAAAAUAAAAUUUAUUAAAAAAUACUAAGAUAAAUAUAUAAAAAGUUGAUAACAAAAGAGAAAGGUGGCAAGCUGAAAACCGAAAAGAACUUUGCAUUUAACAAACAACAACAAAUAAUAAGUAGACUAUAACGGGACACUGCCAAAAGAAGAAUACGAAUAAAAUAGAACACAAACUAAAACCAACGGGAAGCAAACAAAAUCAAGAAGAGGCAUCUCUGAACAUAUCGAAACAAUCAAAAUAGAUAUCGAAAUCCAAAUCGAAUCAAAAAUUCAAAAAAAUCCAAAAUGAACUCGAAACACAGUUCGCUGGAGGAGAAAGUGAAACUGCCGCCUACGGAGACAAUAAGCCGCUGCUACCAGCCGCAGCAGAGCAACCGCAAGGUCAUCCGCAUCCUGACCGUCGCCGUCUAUGUCCUCUGCGUUUCGCUGGCGGCCAUCAUGCUCUCCCUGUACUACAUCUUCAUCUGGGACCCCACCAUCCGGCCCUUUGUCACCAAGGCCACGCAUUGCGGUAAGGCGGGUAAUCAGCCGGGUGAGACCCGCAUUCCACAACUACUCAUCCAGGACAUUAACUACUCUAUCAAAAAUCGGUGACCGAUGACCAGUUGGUAACCAGUAAGCAGUAACCAGUGACCAGUAACUAAAAGCCCAAAACCAGUGACCAAACCAAAAACCAAUCACAGGGCGGACAAUUUGCGGUCAGCGGUCAAUCUGGGACAAAGGCUACGAAUCUAGGCUACGAGAGUUAAGAGCUUCUGGUGGUCGUGGUGGGGGAAGUGGGUUUGGGGCUGGUGGUUGGGCUGCCCAUUAGCCGUAAGCCAUUUUCGAUGGGCUUGGGUGGCUGGCAGGACAGCGAUGAACCCUUUUGUCAGCUGCAAAAUAAAGUGCUUUUAGAGUAAAGUGCACACUGGGGACAGAGCCAAACUAAUUGGCAUUUCGUUUUCAAAAGUUGAAAGAUAGCAAAUUGGGAUUUAUUGGAAAAUAAUCAACGUUUUUGAAAUCAAAUUAUGCACUUAGUUAUACCACAAAGCUAUGUACAAUGUACAUAUAUCAUUAACAUUAAUAAUGCACUUUUCAUCAUAGCUUAUAAAAGAGUAGAACAAAUGACUAAGGACUUAGUUCUUGGAUCAUAGUUUACAACGAUAAAAGUUGCUUUUCAAAUACUCAAAAAAUCUCUAAUAAUUAAAAAUUAUUUAAGAAGGUGUCAAUACGUAUGCUUUGAAUAAUUUAACUAAGGAUAUUCUUAGCGGUGUUAUAUAAAAACCAAAGUCACUUUUAAAGCAAAAGUACCCAAAUUUCUUGGCAACAUAUCUGAAUUGGCAAACUGUUUUCGGGAAGGACGUAAAAAAGACGCCCACAUUGUUCCACUAGCUUCGGGUUCAGCUCGUUCCGCCGACAUCCUUCCUCUGAUUCUUGCCUUUUUGUUCAGUUUUGCAAAUCAACUCCAAAUUAGGUCAAUGGGGUGUCAUGCACACGAAUACACCCGAACCACCCAGUCCACUUAAUCCACCCAGCCACCCACCGCCCCAAACACGCUGGGGUGCAGUUUUCCUCGCUGUAUUUUCCAUUUGCAGUUUGCAGUUCAAUAAAUCUAAUUUGAUGCAAUUAAAUGCAGAAUCUGGGAGCUUAAUGAAAGUUAUACGGCAUAAGAGCAAGCAAAUUCGAAUUUAUGACAGCGAGGAUACACUUUGCCAGAGCAAAAUGUAAGGCAAUAUGCUAAGUGUCUGCUUUCAAAGUAUCUUGCCUCUUGGAAGGCGGCGUUUCAUUCCAAUGCUUCUUUUUGAAAUUUGAUAAAACGCCUGCAUAACAAGGCACAAAUUCCUACAAGGACGUCUAGAACUGGGAAAAACUGCGGCUUGAAACAUGAGCUUACAAGGGCGAAUAGAAUUAUAAUAGCUUGUGCAAGUAGUAUAAAUAUUUAAGGCUUUAAUAGAGGUACUGACUCGCUAAUGAUUUGAAAUUGUAAAGGUUAUCAUUAAGGUUAUAUUAUAAGGUUAUAAUCACGUAUGUACAUUUUUAAAAUUGAUAUUAAAUAUUGAUGGGUGUUUCAGAAAUCGUCUGUAUUUGUUCAAUCUAAUUAUAUAAAGUUGUUAAGCUGUAUUUACAGUUGCAAAAAAAAUAAUAGCAAAUAGCAUAUUGGUCACAACAUUGAAAUUAUGUUUUUAGUUCUUUUCAUUUCAAAUAAGGCAGUUUAAUUUAUUAAAGAUAUUAAAUAAUUUCUAGACAUUGAGGGACAUUUUCUACCUACACUGAAAAAAAAUCUUUGAAAAAUUCCGAAAUCUAGAGCAAAUACGAUUUCCAUAUCCAUACGUUCCUUAGUAUUAAUACAAAAAUUUGCAACACUGAACAAAAUAAAAAAAUUGAAAAUCGUUUGUAAAAAAAGAAAUAGGUUUUUUUAUAAUCGGCAGCGUUACCUAAGGUAACCCUUUCUGUAACUAAAGUAUUUUGAAGUUUUAAAUUUAGAUGAUUCUGUGAAAAUUGUACUCGUUCGAUAAUUGCGCAACAAAAUCAAUAGGUUUCUUGAGCAUUUAUUAAGUUUCAAUAUUGUAAUACACUGCUAUGAAGUCAGUCAUAAAAAGUUUUGAAAAAAUUCAAAAAGAAACAACGCAAUCACAAACAAUCAAAACAAUUGUUAAGACUAAACAUUUCUUG